UUUGAGAAUGACGCAACAACGAACCCGGAAGUGCAUUUCCUGUAGUAAACACACAGCUGUGGUAGCUGUGUUGUUACUUUCAGAAAGAUGGUGUACGUGUCCAACGGUCAGGUCCUGGACAGCAGGUCCCAGUCACCAUGGAGACUGUCCUUACUGGUCGAUCUGUUCUGGGGAGCAGUGGAGUUCAUCGGCCUGUUUUUUAAGACAUUGAUUCACCCUGACAUGACAAAAGAUGGAAACUCUGCCACGUCACGCUUCACUGAUAACAGAGGUCCUCCAGGUCCCCCUGGUGGCAGAAGACGGAUUGGAAGAAUAAACCACGGUGCAGGUCCCACCCCUCCACCAAUGGGUGGAGGAGGAUGAGGAAGGUAAAUGCCUACACAUCCAGUGUAGGCGUGGGGCUUGGCACGGUGUCUGUUUGCUGAGAGCAUAAAGAACAAUGGUGAUGUCACAGUGCUGAAGCCCCUCUUCAUCAGCUGCUGCUGCCAUGAGCAGUUUCUUGACGCCUUUCUGGGAAUUCCUACACGUAGGGGCCAGAAUGGCUGAUGCAGCAGCUAUCCACAUAGUUUUCUCCCUUUUCGUGCUUCUUCCUUUUUCCUUCCACUUUCUUUUCACACCAGUCUCACAGAGAUGCGUGUCACUGACAUUUUGGUUAUGAUUAUUGGUCCUGGAAAACAUGAAGUUAGAUUGUUUUGUAUCCUUCUGACUGAAUAAAAAUGUGCGAUGUUACAACUGA